GGGGUUCCCCCGUGUGCCAGAGAUCGCGUGUUCAACACUGAGAUGGCUGUUGUUCCCAGUUCCUUCCUGUCUCUUCUUGUGCUAUGUGGAGGCCUCUGCUACGCAGCAGUGUCCCCUCUAAACCAGAUACAGGAGAGCUACCCAGACUCCGCUGUGGUCACCAGGGUUCGACAGGCUGAGACCAGAAUUGAACAGCAGCUGCAGGGAAAGUCUUCAGUGAAGAGGAAGCUCGCGCUAGACCAGAUACUGCUGGAUGUCGUUGCUCCCAUAUCGGAGGUGGAUCCCCAGUUCCUCUCAGUUACGAUAGACUCGGGCGACAUCUCUAGGAACUGGUCUGGAAUAACGUUCACUGCCCAGCGGAUCAUCAACAUGGCCCAAGGACUGACUCCUGCCAUGCUGAGGGUCGGCGGUACCAGUGGAGAUUUCCUCAUCUUCAACUCCUCUACUGCGGAAACAGUGCAGCAGUCAAAUUUCACGAUGACUCCGCAGCAGUGGGACGAAGUCAACAAGUUUGUGGAGACUGUUGGCUGGGACUUUGUGUUUGGUCUGAAUGCUCUCCUUCGUACACCUUACCCCAAUGGCUCUUGGGACUCUGACAAUGGCAGAAUGCUUCUCUCAUACUCCACCUCCAAAAACUAUACCGUGCAGUGGGAGCUUGGAAAUGAGCCUGAUAUGUGGGGGACACCAAUACCAGCCGAGGACCAUGCCAAAGACUUCUUGACUCUGCGGGAUCUGGUGGCAGAGGAGAAGACACUAGGGAAGAUGCUCAUCGGACCUGAUGUAGCAUACAAUAGGGACUACUUCACAGAGUACGUCAUAAUGUAUGUUUUUGUGAUGUCGAAACUAUUUUGUUAUAUUGUGCAGGUUUAUACAGAGUUUACCAGAAGGAGUCCUCAGUGCCACUACCUACCACCAGUACUAUGGAAAUGGGAACACAGCUAAGCUGGCACAAUGCUAUGACGUUAACCUUCUAGACAGUUAUAUUCAUGACGCCAUCGACUUCCAAGGCACCACGGAGGCUCUGCAACCACAGGCUAAUGUCUGGCUGGGAGAGACGUCCAGUUUCUAUGACGGUGGUGCUCCACAUUUAUCAGAUACAUAUGUGGCAGGAUUUAUGUGGCUAGACAAGCUAGGUGUAGCAGCAGUUGUUGGUCACAAACGAGUGUUUCGACAGGAUUUCAUCGGUGGGAGCUAUUCAUUACUGGAUGGAGAUCAAAAUCCAUUACCUGACUACUGGUUGUCUCUGCUGUACAAGAAAUUGGUUGGAACCAAAGUUCUCUACAUAAAAGGCAGUUUGGAUUAUGGACGGAACCUGAGAUCCUAUGCCCACUGUGCUAAACCUCCCUACCCAGCAGGCAGUGUGGUUCUGUUGCUACUGAACACUAACUUCACCACGGCAACAGUGGAGCUCCUCAAUGAGGAGCUGGCCUCCAGUUACAGAGAUGUGUUCUGGCUGAGUCCACCAGCUGGGGACCUCACCUCCACCUCAGUCCUCCUGAAUGGAGUGCUACUGGAGCUGGUGGACAACAGGGACUUGCCCCACCUGGUCCCAGCUGAAGACUCUCCUGGCUCCUCCUUCUCUGUUCCCAGCAUCUCCUUUGGUUUUGUUGUCUUCAAAGACACUAAAAUACCUGCUUGUACUUCUUAGUAGCUAUUUGACAUUGCAGUCAACAGACCUGUUGGGAUAUUAAACCAAUUGGUUCGCAUGCAUAGGGUUACGGUAUGAGUGUCCAUCUGUCUGUGUUUUACAUUCUUUUUUUCCCACCAUGCGCCACACACCAGUG